AUGACCAAGUCCACAACCAAAGUGAGGAUUGUCUUUGAUUGUUCUGCAAGGUUCAAUGAACUCUCUUUAAACGAUGUCAUUCCUGCCGGGCCAAAGCUUCAGAUAGAGUUGUUUGAUGUUCUAACUCGUUUCUGCCGCAGUUCGGUAGCCCUUGUGUGCGACAUCCAAGAGAUUUAUCUCCAGAUAGAAACCGAAGCUGAAGACCGAGCGUUGUUCCGAAUUCUGGGGCGAGAUGGAGGGACAGACCGCGAUCCAGAUGUGUACGAGUUUAGCAGAGUUGUCUUUGGGAAAAACUCAGCCCCCAUGCAGGCCUAG